GAUGACAUCAUUGCGGGGGUAUUUCCUGGCAAUUCAUCAAGAACAUAUACACACUUUGCAAAGCUGCUGUCUAUAUAAACAACACCAACCGGCGAUUACAAGACAAUUCAACUGAGAAUUAACCAAGAGAAGGAACAAAACCAAAAGACGAGGUCUCUUCUAUUUCUAUUCUAUUUUUACGAACUGAAUCUCUACUCAUUCUCUACAGUACGCCAUGCCGAUUCAAGUUUUUGCUACAACUUCUAUUCUACAGGCGUUGGCGUGCCUUCUUAUUGUUACAGGUACCGUCGUAGGGGCAAGAAAACCAUGUAAAAUGACUCAGUCAGGUUGUAAUAACAGCGAUGUUAUUAUAAAAUGCCCUCACUUUCCUGCAGAUCAAUCAAAUCUUAUCUCAUUGUAUUGGAGAGUCAGGAACAGAACUACUCGUUCUUCUAAGACCAUGGCAUAUAUGACGGCAAAUGGAAAGAUCAUAUACUACACAAAGAAUACGGUACUGGAUGGAAGACUCACCGUGUAUCCUAAUGGAUCUCUGGAGGUCAAGUCCUUGGUGCCUGAGGACGCGGAGACGUCGUAUGAAUACCACGUCCGUACAAAAACCAAUCCAAUACCACAACGUUGCAUCAUAAGCCUUCAAGUCAAGUGUAAUGGUGAAGUUUCCAACUUUAGUCAAGAUGUCUGUGUAGAAGAUGAAGUUGUUCUUGAUUGUCCUGCCAAACACAGAACCAACCCGAGGGUAUUCAAGGAACUCAGAUGGCUCAAGGAGACGUCAGGGAUGUUGAAACUAGUGGCAAGUUUGAGCAGUACACGUGUAAGGAUCAACGAAGAAGGGGUCCUGCUCCAUGGAAACGGCUCGUUAGUGCUGCCACGAGGAAGAGCCAUAGGAAAAGACACCUACAAAUGUUUUGUGCAUAAAAUUGGCAAAGGAAGACGAAGGGAAAUUCAUGAAGUUGGGCUGAAUAACUCGAAGUGCCACAAAACUGGAGGUAAUGUGAAAACAACCCAGGGGCGUAUUACCAUGACGACGACAGCAAAAACAAUCCAGAGCACUGGUGUUGUCAUGAGCAAUGCUCCAACACCUAGUGUCUCUACAGAAGCUGUUUCUCCGAGUGUGACCGCCAUGGUCUGUGGAGGUGUUCUGAACAAUUCUGUCGGUACAUUCCAAUCACCGAAUUUCCCAAGUACAUAUCCUGCAAACUCUCAUUGUGAAUGGACCAUCAGUCUUCCCCAGGACUACGCUGCCAUCAAUAUUACUCUGAACCAGGUCAACUUGGAAGGAGAAGAAAAAUGUCGACACGACUACAUUGCAAUCUACGAUGAGUUACACAACCAGAUCGGCUGCCGCAGUUGUGGGACUCACAACUCACCGCUUGAAGUCCAAGUCAGGGGGAGAAUCGCAGUCAUUGUGUUCGAGUCUGACAGCUCUGUCAACAAGUCAGGAUUCCUAGCGAGAUACAAGGGAGCGCUGAAUGUCAGCAACCGUAAUCUCUAAAAUAACAAAUUACGAACGAUAAGCAUUACUGUUUUUGAAGAAUAUUUGGAUCACGAAGACUAUUUCUAACAAUUCUAAUACUUUAUAUUUAAGAAGUAGAAAGCAUUAAUAAUUUAUUAGUAUUAUAUUAGUAACUAGUUUACAGAUUUCGAGAUAAAUGAAGGAACAUAUAAUCAAAAAUCGGAUCAUAUUUGCCAUGCAAACGUACUAAAGAUCAGUGAUAAGUAUUUAUUAUUAUUAAUAGUUAUCAAUACAUUUGUAAGUAACGAUAAACGUAACAGUUUUAAAAUUUAAUAAAAUUAUAAAAAUUAGAUUGAA